AUGUGUACAUGUGAUUGUCACUCGACGGAGGGGAAGUGGGCGUGUCCAGGAGGCGGAGCGUCGUUCAAGAUCCGGGGUCUGUUGGCAGUCGCGUCCCUGCUCGAGCUCUGGCAGGAGGCGGUGACGGAGGAGGAGACACAGUGCAUCGCCUGGAGAUUUUGCGCCACCUCGAGCCACCUCAACCAGGCAGGGGGCGUGGCCUCCGCGGUGGGCGUGGUGGGGAUGCGAGCCGCCGCCCACCUGCUGGCCGAGGAGAAGGGCGUACGCGAAGAGACCCUGGUGUGGGCGGCCUCCCAAGGGCAGAGCGACCCGACGGCGUGUGCGAGGGCGUUUCCAGGCUGCCCGAACCGGCGAGAUAAAGGGGGAAGAGGAGGAUAA